UACUUUAGCAUUUGGGGAUGAUGCUCAUGAAGACAUGUCAACAUCAUCCAGGUAGCUAGGUAGCCCUCUGUAUUUAAGCAGGUGUGACUGAAGACCUGUCUUCUUUUUCACUUAAGCGGAUAUGAAAUAGGCUGGAUUGGGCUAGUGAAAGAAGUCUUUAUAAAGCUCAAGACAUGUGUUUUGGCAGCUGUGCUAGGUCUAUUGGGUACAAGUUGCUUGUUCUUGCUUUGCUCUGCAUUGUGGCCAACAUUUUACUUUAUUUUCCCAAUGGAGAGACAAGAUUUGCUUCAGAGCAUCAUCUCAGCAAAUACGUGGAAUGCCUUCAUGGCAUUCUAGGUGGAGGUUUUUUGGUGCUCCUUGCAGCCGCGGUGUUCAUCGGGCUCCACAAGGAGUGCUGCGGGUGCGCCGGCCAGGAGGCCUGUGGGAAGGGCUGUGUGGUGCUGUCCUCGGUUCUGGCAGCCUUUGUUGGGAUCCUUGGUUCUGGCUACUGUAUCAUCAUUUCAGCUCUGGGCUUAUCCCAGGGACCAUACUGCUUCACUACUGUAGGAAGAAACUGGAUCUAUCCUUUCACUGAAUCCUCUGGAGGGUACUUGCUCGAGUAUAACAAGUGGUCUCAAUGUCAAGAACCACAAAACAUUGUACAGUGGAACGUCACCCUCUUUUCCAUUCUGCUUGUCCUGGGAGGAAUAGAGUUCAUUCUGUGCUUCAUACACAUAAUCAGUGUCGUUCUCGGAGGAAUAUGCGGACUGUGCAGCCAUCAUGAGGAGACAUACGUUUGCUAG